CUUGUAUCUCAUUACGGUGUAUGGUGAAAUAAGUAUAGCCAGUUAUAAUUGUAAUGGCUUAGCAGAUAAUAAUAAGAACAAUAUUUACAGUGACUUGCAAAAGUAUUCAUCCCCCUUGGCGUUUUUCCUAUUUUGUUGCAUUACAACCUGUAAUUUAAAUAGAUUUUUAAUUUGGAUUUAAUGUAAUGGACAUACACAAAAUAGUCUAAAUUGGUGAAGUGAAAUUUAAAAAAUAACUUGUUUCAAAAAAUUCUGGAAAAUAAAGAACGGAAAGGUGGUGCGUACAUAUGUAUUCACCCCCUUUGCUAUGAAGCCCCUAAAUAAGAUCUGGUGCAACCAAUUACCUUCAGAAGUCACAUAAUUAGUUAAAUAAAGUCCACCUGUGUGCAAUCUAAGUGUCAGAUGAUCUGUCACAUGAUCUCAGUAUAUAUACAGCUGUUCUGAAAGGCCCCAGAGUCUGCAACACCACUAAGCAAGGGGCACCACCAAGCAAGGGGCACCAUGAAGACCAAGGAGCUCUCCAAACAGGUCAGGGACAAAGUUGUGGAGAAGUACAGAUCAGGGUUGGGUUAUAAAAACAUAUCAGAAACUUUGAACAUCCCACGGAGCACCAUUAAAUCCAUUAUAAAAAAAAUUGAAAGAAUAUGGCACCACAACAAACCUGUCUUAUUUCUUGUUUGUUUCACCCCAAAAAAAAAAUUUGCAUCUUCAAAGUGGUAGGCAUGUUGUGUAAUUCAAAUGAUACAAACCCCCCAAAAAUCAAAUUUUAUUCCAGGUUGUAAGGCAACAAAAUAGGAAAAAUGCCAAGGGGGGUGAAUACUUUCACAAGCCACUGUAUAUGGCUCAAAGAGAAGGAAUAUAAUAUCUAUUGUUUACAGAAAACGCAUUCAACAAUUCGAGAUGAAGUUGUGUGGAAAAAGGACUGGAGGGGCGAAAUAUACUUCUCCCAUGGGCAAAGAAACUCAAAAGGGGUGAUGAUAUGAAUUAACAUUAAUUCCGAUCCAAAUGUGCAAAUUCUCCAAACAGAUCCGCAAGGAUGAUUUUAAAUAUGUUAUUGGACCAUAAACAGAAAUGGCUCAUUAACCUUUUACGCACCAAAUAAUGAUGAUCCACACUUCUUUGACAAUAUAUAUAAUAAAUUAUCAACCCUGCAAGCAAUUCAAGACUAUGUUAUUAUGGUGGGAGAUUAUAAUACUGUUUUAAAUAGCUCAAUGGACCGUAAAGGAAAUCACACUACAAACUAUCACCCUCAUGCUCUUAAGGAAAUCAUGAAUGUCAUGGAUACAUUAGAACUACCUCUCACUUUCAGUUAUUUGAAAAGGAAAUCAACUCCCAAAUAUCACUAUUUCUAAAACAAGCCAUAGAAAGUUGGUUGCAUUUUCAAUUUAAUCCUCCAGAAACGACAGAACAAAUAAUGCAACAAAUAUUGUGGUUAAACUCAAAUAUAUACGAAUUGAUGAAAAAAACCAUUAUUUUUUAAAUAAAAAAAGGUAUAAUCUUUGUAAAUGAUAUCAUAGGUAGGACUGGUGGAGUUAUGUCGCACAUGCAGCUAACAAAAACAUAUGGAAAUGUCUGCUCUACCCAAAAUGAUAACCAAAUAAUUGCAGCAUUACCGCAAAAAUGGAAGAGGAAAGUGGAAGGGGGGAAAAAGUAAGGAACUUAUCUGCUGGUUCAGAACUUUUGUGAAACAUCACAGUACAGUUGAAAAAUAUAUGGCAAAUAGAAAUCCAAUAUGGAUGGUGUUAAGAGAUAGAUGGGAGGUGUUGAAUGGAGCUGAAGGAUGGGACUAAUAACAACAAGAUAACUAGUGUAAGACAUGCUGUGUCCAUAAUGUGGUCCUCUGUAGCUCAGCUGGUAGAGCACGGCGCUUGUAACACCAAGGUAGUGGGUUCAAUCCCCGGGACCACCCAUACACAAAAAUGUAUGCACGCAUGACUGUAAGUCGCUUUGGAUAAAAGCGUCUGCUAAAUGGCAUAUUAUUAUUAUUAUUAUAAUAAGUAUAUAGGUUAUAGGUUGAGAGCUUUUGUGAAAGAGCACAGUUAGAAAGAUAUGGCAUAUAGAAGCAACCCGGAUGGACAUCAUGAAAAUGAUCGGAGAGGUUGAGGGUAGGGGAAGUUCAGGAGUAAAAACAAACAAAAUAUAAUUAUUGUAAAAUUGACUGUGUCCAUAAAAUGUAUAUAGUAUGUAUAAGCUGGAAGUAGAGGCCUAAGCAUUGUUGUUCACUAGUUUACUCCAAUUAGGGAAGGGGUCAUGGGGUUGGAAAGUAAUAAAGGGAAAUAUAUAUUUUUUAAAGGAUAUGUAUAUAUGUAUGUAUAUAUAUUUAUAUGUGUGUGUAUAUGUGUGUGUAUAUGUAUGUAUAUGUGUGUGUAUAUGUAUGUAUAUGUGUGUGUGUGUAUAUAUAUAUAUAUAUAUUUGGUAGAAAAAAUACAUAUGGGGGAUUGAAAGUGAUGCAGACAAUUACAUUGAUGGAAGUUAUAAUCUAUCUGCAAUAUUAAAGCUGAUCUACCCCCUUUUCCUCAUCAGUCUAAAAUGAUUCUUAGAGAUACUUCACCAACUGCUUCUCUAACAUACUCCCUCCUAUUGGUUCCCUCUCGACUACCACUCUAACAUACUCCCUCCUAUUGGUUCCCUCUCGACUACCGCUCUAACAUACUCCCUCCUAUUGGUUCCCUCUCGACUACCGCUCUAACAUACUCCCUCCUAUUGGUUCCCUCUCGACUACCGCUCUAACAUACUCCCUCCUAUUGGUUCCCUCUCGACUACCACUCUAACAUACUCCCUCCUAUUGGUUCCCUCUCGACUACCACUCUAACAUACUCCCUCCUAUUGGUUCCCUCUCGACUACCACUCUAACAUACUCCCUCCUAUUGGUUCCCUCUCGACUACCGCUCUAACAUACUCCCUCCUAUUGGUUCCCUCUCGACUACCACUCUAACAUACUCCCUCCUAUUGGUUCCCUCUCGACUACCACUCUAACAUACUCCCUCCUAUUGGUUCCCUCUCGACUAACACUCUAACAUACUCCCUCCUAUUGGUAUUUGUAUUUGUAUUUAUUAAGGAUCCCCUUUAGUUCCUGCCAAGGCAGCAGCUACUCUUCCUGGGGUUUAUUAUGGAUCCCCAUUAGUUCCUGCCAAGGCAGCAGCUACUCUUCCUGGGGUUUAUUAUGGAUCCCCAUUAGUUCCUGCCAAGGCAGCAGCUACUCUUCCUGGGGUUUAUUAUGGAUCCCCAUUAGUUCCUGCCAAGGCAGCAGCUACUCUUCCUGGGGUUUAUUAUGGAUCCCCAUUAGUUCCUGCCAAGGCAGCAGCUACUCUUCCUGGGGUUUAUUAAGGAUCCCCAUUAGUUCCUGCCAAGGCAGCAGCUACUCUUCCUGGGGUUUAUUAUGGAUCCCCAUUAGUUCCUGCCAAGGCAGCAGCUACUCUUCCUGGGAUCCAGCGAAAUUAAGGCAGUUAUACAAUUUUAAAAACAUUACAGAAAACAAACAGAAUUUAUAACAUAUUAAGUGUGUUCCCUCAGGCCCCUACUCUACUACCACAUAUCUGCAACACAAAAUCCAUGUGUACGUGUGUGUAUAGUGUGUAUGUUAUCAUGUGUGUGUGUGCAUGUGUCUGUGCCUAUGUUUGUGUUGCUUCACAGUCCCCGCUGGUCCGUAAGGUGUAUUUUUAUCUGGGGUUUUUAUCACAUUUUACUGCUUGCAUGAGUUACUUGAUGUGGAAUAGAGUUCCAUGUAGUCAUGGCUCUAUGUAGUACUGUGCACCUCCCAUAGUCUGUUCAGGACUUGGGGACUGUAGUCUUGUGGGGUAUGCAUGGGUGUCUGAGCUGUGUGCCAGUAGUUCAAACAGACAGCUAGGUACAUUCAACAUGUCAAUACCUUUCACAAAUACAAGUAGUGAUGAAGGCAAUCUCUCCUCCACUUUGAGCCAGGAGAGAUUGACAUGCAUAUUAUUAAUGUUAGCUCUCUGUGUACAUCCAAGGGCCAGCCGUGCUGCCCUGUUCUGAGCCAAUUGCAAUUUUGGCACCUGACCAUAUGACUGGUUCCAUCUCGACUACCGCUCUAACAUACUCUCCUCCUAUUGGUUCCUUUAGGAUGGCCAAUCCAGGACGAUCCGCCAAUUCCAGUUCACUGAUUGGCCAGAACAAGGAGUGCCAAAAACCGGGGAAGGGUUCAUCGAUUUCAUUGGCCAAGUGCAUAAAACCAAGGAGCAGUUUGGACAGGACGGACCAAUCACUGUUCACUGCAGGUAAUGAGACUUGGCUGAAUAGCCAGUAAUGACAUGGCAAAAUGGUGAUUACGCAAUAGAUGGCUGGUGUGUUGCUUUUGGAUGAAUUAAAACAAGAAUCACUAGGCACCAUUUGGUACCGUGUAGUUACUAUAAAGGAGGAUACUAGGCCUGGGCAUACCGUAGGCAUACCGUGGGCAUACCGUGGGCAUACCGUGGGCAUACCGCAGGCAUACCGUAGGUAUAACGUAGGUAUAACGUAUACUGGGGUAUUUGGAAAUAGCCAUGGGAUGAUUUUUCAAUACCGUCAAAACAAUUUAUUUGAAGUUUUUCAAUACAUUUGAAUAUUUGUAGCUACUUUUUAAGUAAAUACCUGCAGUCAACUUGUGCAAUACGUUAAGAGAUAAAGCAGAUUGCGUUCUUCAUUUCAGCUGUCACAUUAUUUUACAUUAUGAAGCUUACCGUAGUUCCCCAGAACAGUUGACCCAGUCACGUGUUUGUUUGUAAAUAGCACAACAGGAGAAAGCUGGAGCUGGUGAGUCCAUAGUGUUCUAUAUCUAUCAGUGAGUCCAUAGUGUUCUAUAUCUAUCAGUGAGUCCAUAGCGUUCUAUAUCUAUCAGUGAGUCCAUAGCGUUCUAUAUCUAUCAGUGAGUCUCUGCUGGUGAGUCCAUAGUGUUCUAUAUCUAUCAGUGAGUCCAUAGUGUUCUAUAUCUAUCAGUGAGUCUCUGCUGGUGAGUCCAUAGCGUUCUAUAUCUAUCAGUGAGUCCAUAGCGUUCUAUAUCUAUCAGUGAGUCUCUGCUGGUGAGUCCAUAGUGUUCUAUAUCUAUCAGUGAGUCUCUGUCGUGCGGUGCAUAUGAGGUGAUGAAGUUACAGUUGUAUGCAAUUCACUACUAAAUGUUCGCCAUCAGAUAUCUUAUAAUGGUUUUCUUUGUGUUAUCCUGCUAAUACCGUAAAUCCCGGGAUGGCAGAAGAACGGUAUGACGGUAUGAAAAUCUGGAUACCGCCCCAAGCCUAUGGGCUACCGUGCAUAUUCUAUAAGGUGUGUAACGCGUGUGUGUGUUCCUCCUCUUCCUCAGUGCUGGGGUGGGCAGGACAGGAGUCUUCAUCACCCUGAGUAUCGUGUUGGAGAGGAUGAGGUACGAAGGGGUGGUGGACCUCUUCCAGACCGUCAAGACGCUACGGACCCAGAGACCUGCCAUGGUGCAGACAGAGGUAUGGACAGCUGUACUGGACUGUUGUUGUCUUCCAUUGUUGGAGAGUGGAAUGGAGGAAAUGCUCCUCGACGACAAAUCAAAAAGGAUUCCAAGGCAGACUGUAGAACUCAAGCAGCACCUCUCAAUAGAAAGGGUUCAUAACUCAAGCAGCACCUCUCAAUAGAAAGGGUUCAUAACUCAAGCAGCACCUCUCAAUAGAAAGGGUUCAUAACUCUAGCAGCACCUCUCAAUAGAAAGGGUUCAUAACUCAAGCAGCACCUCUCAAUAGAAAGGGUUCAUAACUCUAGCAGCACCUCUCAAUAGAAAGGGUUCAUAACUCAAGCAGCACCUCUCAAUAGAAAGGGUUCAUAACUCUAGCAGCACCUCUCAAUAGAAAGGGUUCAUAACUCAAGCAGCACCUCUCAAUAGAAAGGGUUCAUAACUCUAGCAGCACCUCUCAAUAGAAAGGGUUCAUAACUAGCAGCACCUCUCAAUAGAAAGGGUUCAUAACUAGCAGCACCUCUCAAUAGAAAGGGUUCAUAACUCAAGCAGCACUUCUCAAUAGAAAGGGUUCAUAACUAGCAGCACUUCUCAAUAGAAAGGGUUCAUAACUCAAGCAGCACCUCUCAAUAGAAAGGGUUCAUAACUCUAGCAGCACCUCUCAAUAGAAAGGUUUCAUAACUAACAGCACCUCUCAAUAGAAAGGGUUCAUAACUCUAGCAGCACUUCUCAAUAGAAAGGGUUCAUAACUAGCAGCACCUCUCAAUAGAAAGGGUUCAUAACUCUAGCAGCACCUCUCAAUAGAAAGGAUUCAUAACUAGCAGCACCUCUCAAUAGAAAGGGUUCAUAACUCUAGCAGCACCUCUCAAUAGAAAGGGUUAAAAACAUACAGUAAUGUAAUGCUGCAUCAUAGAUAGAAAGAUAUGAUUGACUGACUGAUGCGUUUUCUCUCUCUAGGACCAGUAUCAGCUGUGCUACAGGGCAGCUUUGGAGUACCUGGGGAGCUUUGACCACUAUGCA